CUCCGGCAUACUGAGCUGCAGGUAUCUGGAAAGAAAUACCAUUUUGAAGACCAGGAGUUAUCCCAAAAUAACAAGAAGUACAUGUCAACAGGAUGGUGAGGAUGACAGCAAUGCUCACCCUCACCUUGCUCAGUCUCUGCAUGGGACCAGUCUCAACCAUCAAAAGACUCAAUCACAUGUUAGAUCUGACCAGCACCUCCUUUGGCCAGACGUUCCCCCACAAUGGUCUCAUGUUACUCUACUGGUUCACUUCACAUACAGAUUUUACCGACGAAGAUGCCAUUGUGCCUAAAGAUUUUGAUCCUACUAUGGCUGACUACGGAUGCACAGUCUAUCGCAACAGUGAGGGAAUUUUCCCAAGGAUCCCACGUAAAGCUGAAGAUGAGUCAUACUAUAUCAUUGGGAAUCUCAAAAAGGCGGGAGCUAAAUUUCCCACUUAUGUUAACCAAGACUACUACAAUGCUUACUGUGAUCUAAAGGAAAGUCAGUACAGCACCACCCGAGAUGGCACCAGCAAGAACCGAGACCGAAUCAUAUUCCGACUGAAAACUCUGUCUAGUAGCUUCAUUAUAAAAGACGUCUACAUCACACAGACCACUGCCACCGGUCUCCAUUUGAGUCACACCCAGACCUAUGAGGUCACUGUGCAACUUCUGAAGGAGAUCUCAGACAUCAUGAAGCACAAAGCAGCCAUUCUCUGUCCAUCCAUGAAGUCGAAGGAAGAGCAAGCUCACAGUAUGUUUGAAGAGUCGAACCUCGCAUGGUUCCUCACCCUUGCCGAUUACGAUGUCUCCCUCCGAGAGCUUUGUCUCCGCAGUGCCCACUGCUCUGACUACACCCAUGAAGUCGGGGGGUGCAGAAACAGCCUUCACUGCGUCCCGGGCAGUAAGUAUGGCGAAAUUUGUGACUGGAGCCCGAUAAGCCUUACGGUGGGCACCACAGAUGAAGGUCAAGCUGUGCUGAACUGGGCCAACGUACCAGACACCAGAGUCGAAGAGGAGGGCUUGGUGGUGGCACUGUUUGAAAACGAUCACAGCUCAGUCGCCCUCACCGAAAAAGCUGUCGACGGCCUCACCUUGGGCUCUUUCUCCACUGAGAUCAAUCUGGACGCGGGACUCCAGGUGAGGCUUCUGCUGAAGCCAAAUGAAACACUCUGGAGAGGCCCAGAGCUUGAUGAUGCCAACGGCAAGACACCGGUGAUUCUCAACGCUUAUGGCAGUAUACAGCUUUUCGCAAGAAACGGAACAGCCGGUGUACGAUUCUACGUCAAAAAGUCCUACGACUGGAAGGUGAAAUUUUCUGGUUGGUAUAUAGGUUAUCAUCUCACGGCUUCGUCUUCUUAUUCAGCUUAUGUGUAUAUGCAAAAUUUUGUUCAAAAAGCAGAUAAUCAACUUCCAAAAUUUGAUGUUUAUGAGUAUGUUUAUAACGACUACAAAAUAAGAUCCUCAGCUUUCCUUCAGGUUAAAAACAGUGUUGUGGUGUUUGUGACCUCUCUGGACUCGGAGGGGAGGUGUCCUCUGCCCUGUCGCUGCGAGGGGACGCUUCGCUACUGUGACAAGGCAGGACUCGCCGCCGUUCCACAGGAUCUCAUUGGCUCUUCCGGCCUAUCGCUGCGCUACAACCACUUGCUGUGCCUGCCGCAGGCGGCUCUGUCUCGGCUCAACACGCUGCAGUGGCUCUUCCUGGGACACAACCAGAUCCAGAGCCUGGACGAGCGGGCGUUCCUGGGGCUGCGCCGACUCAAGGAGCUGGAGCUGAGCGUCAAUCAUCUCCGCCUGCUGCCCAACAGGACUUUCAGGCCGCUGCCGAAUCUGCGGCUCCUCGACCUGUCCACCAAUCAGGUGUCUGCGCUGAGCGCCAGCCAGUUUCGUGGCCUGAGGAAGUUGAUGGUCUUGCGUUUGCGCCGGAACUGGCUCACGUCGCUGCCCGUUCGUGUCUUCCAGGACCUGCGCAAGCUUCGGGUUUUGGACCUCGGGGAGAACCGUCUGCAAACGCUGGCAAGGAAUGCGUUUGUGGGGCUUCUUAGCCUGACGGAGCUGAGGCUUGACCGGAACAGACUCAACCGGGUCAACUUGGGCCUGUUCGCACGCCUCACCUCCCUGCGCUCACUGGACCUGAGCCAGAACAAGGCUGCUUGGCUGGGCAGAACCCUACACUGGCACUGGGCCUCGCUUGAACACCUGGACCUUUCUCGGAACCGGCUGGAGUGGGUGGAACCUACCGCGUUCCACGGGGUUCCACGCCUUAAGAGCCUCCUGCUGCAUUCCAACCACCUACAGGUUCUUGACCUCAACAUCCUGCAGAACUGGGUCUCGUUGGAGAACCUCACACUCUCAGGAAACCCAUGGGACUGUGGACGGAACAUAUGCACCCUGGCAGCUUGGUUAGGCCAUUACCGUGGACGACGAGACAAUGGGCCUGUUUGCUCGAUGCCCGAGGAAGCCGAGGGGGAGAAUGUUCUAGAUGCCGUGCAUGCUUUCCAAACGUGUCAGCCUCAUGUUUUGGACCUCAACACAGAGAGAAACAUUACCGUUGACAUAAACACCAACACAGAAAUGGACAUCACAGUUGAGACAGACACAGUGGUCAUAGCAACGGAGCCUGAAUGGUACAUUGUCACAGAGACAACGGAACAAAUUUAUAUGGAGGAGCACAAGGAAGAGGAGGAUGAGGAGGACCAGUUAGAUUGA